ACAACAUGUUCACCAAUACUUAGACUCCACCUAGUCCUUAACUAACAAAAAAUCUCAUCACAUCACACAAACAGAGAGAGAUGCAGAAGGCGAUGCAUCAAGCGAUUCUGUUAAUAAUGGCGGCGGUUGCGGCGGUGGCAAGUCACGGGAGGACGCCGGAGCAGGAGGCCGACCGAGUGUCGGGGCUGCCCGGGCAGCCACCGGUGAGCUUCGAGCACUAUGCAGGGUACGUCACCGUCAACGAGAGCCACGGAAGAGCACUGUUUUAUUGGUUUUUUGAAGCCACCAAAAAUCCUCAGAAGAAACCUCUCGUCUUGUGGCUCAAUGGAGGUCCAGGAUGCUCGUCAAUCGGAUAUGGGCUAUCAGAAGAGUUGGGACCUUUCUUUCCCCAGAAAGGGAAACCAAAGCUUAAAUUUAACAAAAACUCAUGGAACAAAGCGGCCAACUUAAUAUUCCUAGAAUCCCCUGUUGGUGUUGGAUUCUCGUACACAAACACAAGUAGUGACUUAAAGGAGCACAUUGGUGACACUAUUACUGCUUUGGAUUCAUACAAUUUUCUGUUGGGCUGGUUUCGAAGGUUUCCGCAAUUUAAAUCUCAUGAAUUCUACAUUGCUGGGGAAAGCUAUGCAGGACACUAUGUCCCUCAGCUUGCUGAGUUAAUAAUAGAGAAAAACAAAAUAGCAUCGGAAGACGAUCAUAUUAAUCUGAAAGGCAUCAUGAUCGGGAAUGCAGCAAUCGACUCUGAAACAGACCAAAAGGGCUUGAUUGACUAUGCUUGGCAUCAUGCAGUUAUAUCUGACAAACUAUACGAAGAAAUCAAGAAAAAAUGCAACUUCAAAUUGGAAAAUGUGUCGAGCGAUUGCAACAACGCUCUUGAUAAAUACUUUGAGGUUUAUAAAAUCAUAGAUAUGUACAGUUUGUACACUCCAAAUUGCGUCGAUAGCAAUUACACUACCAUUUCCGAACCUUACUCGCAUUUUAAGGAAGGUGUUCCAAAGUAUAUAUCCCACAUUAAGGGAAUUCACGGAAGGGCGUUAGCAGGGUACGAUCCAUGUGCUUCGGUAUAUACUAAGGACUAUUUCAAUAGGCGAGAUGUUCAACAAGCUCUACAUGCUAAUGUCACAAAAAUCCCUUAUGAAUGGGUACAUUGCAGUGAUAUCCUCGAAUAUAAAGACGAAGGCAUCACUUCUAUACUCCCAACUAUAAAAAGAAUCAUCACCUCAAAUCUAAGAGUUUGGGUAUAUAGUGGAGAUACAGACGGUAGGGUUCCAGUAACAUCAACGAGAUAUGCUUUGCGAAAGUUAAAAUUGCAUAUCCAACAAGACUGGACUCCUUGGUUCACGAACAAUAAGCAGGUGGGAGGAUGGACGGUGGAGUAUGAAGGGUUGAUGUUUGUGACAUUGAGAGGAGCAGGGCAUCAAGUUCCCACAUUUAAGCCGAGGCAGGCGUUGCAAAUGCUUAAUCAUUUUCUCAAAAACAAUAAACUUCCUUCUCUUCCCUUUUGACUUGAUUUUUCUCAUUUUAUAUUUCCUUCCUCUAAUGUUAAGGAAGAAAAUCAAGUUUGCAAAUAAAUUAUAGUGCAACUCUCUUUUCCCACUUA